AAAGACUACAAGUGCCUAGGUUACGGUUUUGAGAAGUAUGAAAACGUCAACCCUCCAACGAUGAAAACAAGCUUCGCUUAUUAAACCAAAUGACUUAGAAUUUCAGUCCAAUCUUUAUUAUUGGACACAUGUUGGCGUCGACUGCAGUUCACGCAUGCCUAGUUGCACUACUUAUAGAUCAGUGCAAAGCAUGCAAGCAUGCAUCGAAUUACAAUCGACAUCCGGGCAUCGAGCUACAAGGUCACGUGAUCAAAACAAUGACGACAUCAGACUUGGGUGAUUGUGUGAUUGGAUGCAUCAAGACGCCAGGGUGUUUGUCUAUCAAUUCUCACAACGCUGAUAACGUCAUACAYUGUGAGCUUAACAAGUCAAACCGGUAUGGCAGCCAGGCGAACCUGAUUAAAACCAGUUUUGAUCGAGCAUAUUUGGAAUUGAUUUCCAAUCAUUGGCCGGACGCUUGCUUUCAAAAAGAUGGUUGGUAUCGAGGCAAGUCUGCCGCGUAUAAGUUUGUUCAAGAGAGUGCGGUCGCUCUAGAAGCUCGUCAGCGGUGUAACAAUAUGUCAGCAGGCGCAGAUCUGGUGUCUUUUGCUGACAAAGAGGAAGAGCAGAUCUUUGACCAAUAUAUUCGAGAGUUUGGAAAGUGGGGCCGAAUAUUUAUAGGGCUCAACGACAUUGCUAAAGAAGGGACCUUUAUUUGGUUUGAUGGAACCAAAUCUGAGCACAGAAACUGGAAAGAUGGUGAACCGAAUAAUGAUAAAAAUAUGGAAGAUUGUGCGGCUAAAUUCCAAAAAGAAGGCACGCCGUAUGCAGGACAAUGGAAUGAUAUCCCAUGUGAUCACAAAUCGUUUUUUGCAUGUAAAACAUUAUGCAUGUAAAGUCACACAAAGUUUAUAAUCCCAUUCAUAAGAAUCUCUAGAAAAAUAAAGAGCAUGUAGUCCUCAUAGCCUCUUCCCCAGGCAGCUCUUUUUUCCUCCUUUAGGCUUCCUUUGUAACGGUCAUCUUGGCCGCUUGGCACUAGUGACGAGAAAGGAAAAAUAAGUCCUCUCUCAACCCCAUUCUCCCUCUUUUGACUCUUAAAUAAGACAGGAAGCCCGUGAUUCUUAGUGAUGCCUGCGGAGGAGGCCAUAGUCUGCACUGAUUCACAGUAUAUACUCUAAAAUAUCUCCCCAAAAGUCGUAAUUUUUGUUUUCUUUGUAUAAACGGUACAACUACUCGUAUUUUUAUCCAGAAAAAAAGCAAAAACUGAGUGUAGAAGGACACUUGCAGCGGAAAUAAAAAGUACGAGGAUUACAACUACCAUCAUACUUCAUAUGGAACUUAUUGCCAUAC